AUAGAAUCCAGCCUUUUAAGUGUUUUUAUAUGUAUUAUAUUUUUGUUUCUUGUAAAAUACCUGUACCUCUGAUAAACACCCUUAAAAUCAAAAAUUUGUAAAUUAUAUUUAGUUUUUACACAUUUACUUUCUUAACUCAGCAAUAACAGUAUUUUCAUAAAUAAAAAUAUCCUAAAAAUUGAUAACCAUAAGAUCACAUUCCACAAAUUGUGAAAUUAUUAUACUUCUUAACACUCAAUGAAUUUUUUAAUAGACGGAAUAGUUCAAUAAUAUUCGACUAUGAAUCUUGAUUUUGAUAAUUUUGAUUAUUAUGACACUUUAAACGUUACACCUAAUUCCUCUCAAGAUGAAAUAAAAACCAGUUAUCGCAAAUUAAUUCGUUUAUGGCACCCGGAUAAAAAUUCUCUAAUUUCAGAGCCUGAUUCCUCAGAUUAUACCUCUGAUCAGAACCACCAAGCUCUCAAGGACACACAAUCAUUCAGUAAUGAUGGCCAAUCACUCAAUAAAAAGCGUGAUUCCGCCUUUACUAAGAUACAAAAGGCUUAUUCUGUGCUCUCAGAUCCUAUUCUAAGAUCCCAUUAUGAUAAGUUUGGACAUGAAGGAGCAACUUUGGCGAGGCUAGUUAUGAACGAGAAUGUGAGUGAGAAGAGUGUGUACAGCAUUCCGGAGGAGUUGGACAGUGAGAGUCCGAAGCAGGAGAUUUUGAGCUACAACAAGAGUGAGGACUACGUAUCUAGAAGAGUUCUUCUUCUCCUUAGAGACCGUUACUCAAGGGAGAUGAAGCUUCUUCCAUUUCAGCUGAUCACCAAUUAUACCUUUAACUUAAGGUCAGAUUUCCUGUCUGAUUAUGUCCAGUUUAACCUUGACAAGGAUAAAGGUGUUCCAGUUCGAAGUUUACUGGGUAAAAGGCACCUUUAUAUGACUGGUGUGAUACUGGACAAUUCCAUGGAAUUGCUGUAUAACAAGUUCAGGUUUGGUUUUCACCUAUCGUCAGUCCUUAACAAGGGUACUUUUGGGAACCUUUUUACCCGCUUUGACCUCAGCAAAGAUAUAUCAGAAACCGUUGAAUUUCGUAUUAGCGCUGAUAAAACAGGCUUUAUGAACCCCAAAAUGCUAUUAUUGAAUCUCAGGAAGAAGUUUACUGACACCUUUUGGUCCUCUCUCAUAUUCACGCUUUCUGAAAAUUUUACCCCGAAUCUGUUUGCCAUUUUCAACAAGAACAUCAAUAAACGCCAUUCCAUACAGCUUACAGUUACCAACGGUUUAUACCUCAACUACCACUAUUUGAAGGUCAUUAGUAAGUACACUAAGGUUAACUUCAAGGCUGUAGCCUCCCCAGACAACAUCGGAAUUGAGCUCAGAAGUAAGACUUUAAAUGUGUUUGGAACCACUUUAGGCGCCUUAAUUCGCCUCUGUUUGAUGAAUGGCCUUAGUUUCGAGUGGUUCUUCAGAACUUUUGUCGAGUCCAGUUACUUGGGAAUUAUGAAAGUUGAGUACAGACUAAGCCUUAUAAAUAACAAAGUAAUAUUGCACCUCAAAGGCAUUAUUAACAAUUCAAAGGUAAAUGUCCCAAUUCUCCUGUUUAAAGGUGAUCAAAACUUUGCCAUAUACAUCAUUUCAUCUCUGACAAUUAUUACUCUUUCAUUACCUCUGUUUUACUCUACAAUCCAGUCAUUAUAUCAGGGAAGCUGUGGUCUGAUAAGUCACUACACUAACAAAUGGAACUCUCAAACUCCAGAAACCGCUGGAAUUGUGAGUAGGUUGAGUAGUAUAAUGACGAAUGACGAAGGUGAAAUUGGCCUAGAGAAACUUGAAGAUGUUGGUAGAAGCUUUUACAAGAACCCUCUUAGGCAUAAUUUUUACUCUUCUUUCCCUCAGUUCUUUUCAACCACCAACUAUUACCCCUAUUCUAUCAAUAAUGGUUCUGAUCCUUCAUCACCUCUAUAUACCAACCAACAACUUGAGGGUAAUUUAAACUAUGAACUGAAACACAUUAAAUAUUAUCAUUACAAUCCCUUAAUACCCGACGGAGGUGUGAUACAUGGGGAAAAUAGCGCACAAGUUAAAAAUGAUGAGGAAACUGUAAACUCUAGUGAGGAACUGAUUAUGGCGUUGGAGGAGAACAAUAAGUUGCAUAACAUGGCUAAAUUGAAUUAUUUUAAGGAACUGGAGAAAAAAGGUUUAUUGGUCCUGUUUGCCCUUUAUGGUCACCCUAAGUUACUUGAAUACGUAAACUCUCACUACAAGUCUAUCCACUUUACCUUCAAUAAGUUCACCACUUACGAAGAUGAACUUGAAAAACUUCUGAAAAGCUCUAAUUUGGACAUUGAUACCUCAUUUGUAAUUAACGUAACCAAUGUUCUCAUGUCAAAAGUCAACGAAUCUUGUUUGUACCUUUCAAGCAGUAAUAAAGACUCUCUAAUUGGUUUCACCAAUCCGCAUCUUCAUUUAUCCAUCAAACCUAAAUUACUCGUCGUGUAUAAAUAUGGAAAUGAUGUAAAAUCGAUUUUAAUAAAAAACACACAAUAUCUUGUUUUACCAUAAUCUUAUCAAUGUA